CGAGCGGCAGCUGCUAUUCGAGUCAGCGACAAGAUAAAAUGGCCAGAAAAGCCGAGGACCUCUUGGAUUCAUGACUGUGAUCCCGUCGAACAUUUCUGUUCUCACACUUCAUCCUUUGAUCUCGACUGUUGUCCUCAGCCAUGUCGUCGCGUGUGUUGCUGCGGCAGCAGCUUAUGCGAGAGCAAGCUCAGGAGCAGGAGAGACGAGAGGCACAGCAGCAGGCCUCCGCCUCUCAGCUCCGGCCCACUGACUCCACUCCCGCCAUCUCCGUCUCACUGCCUCCAAAUACUGCCCGCCCGCCUCCAGCGCAGGUGCCCGUGGAGGUGCUGAAAGUGCAGACCCACCUCGAGAACCCCACCAAGUAUCACAUCCAGCAGGCGCAGAGGCAACAGGUGAAGCAGUACCUCUCCACCACUCUGAGUAACAACGCGAUUACUCAGACGCUCGGUGUAUCGCCUGUGCCACAGUGCAGCUCUGCCCCUGAGGUUGCCCACACUGCCAACAGCGCCCCUAACAGCCCGAUGGCCCUACUUAACAUCAGUUCCAACAAGGAGGAAAUUGAAGACGUUAUCGACGACAUAAUUAGUCUGGAAUCCAGUUUUAAUGACGACAUCAUUACAUUGAUUGACUCGGGUCUUCAGUUACCUAAUACGCUCCCAGGAAAUCUGCUGGAUGUGUAUCACAGCCCUGGAAUGGCAGCACCCACUCUCACUGUCAGCAACUCCUGUCCUGCUGAUCUUCCAAAUAUAAAAAGGGAAAUUACUGAUGCCGAUACCAAAGCUUUUAUGAAGGAGAGGCAAAAGAAAGACAACCACAACCUGAUUGAGAGGAGACGGCGAUUUAAUAUAAACGACCGUAUAAAGGAGCUCGGAACGCUCAUACCCAAGUCAAGCGACCCUGAGAUGCGCUGGAAUAAAGGCACCAUACUGAAGGCCUCGGUGGAUUACAUCCGCAAGUUACAGAAGGAGCAACAGCGAGCCAAGGAUGUCGAACUGCGCCAGAAAAAAUUGGAGCAAGCCAACCACAGCUUAAUGAUGCGCAUCCAGGUCGGUGUUUUUGCUGUUCAUUACAAUCGACUGAAUUCGUGACACUGCAUUGGCAGUACUUUGGCUCUGGAUCCUGGCAGCUGGAGCCAGAAGCGUUGAGAAGCAAUGAGUGCCAAUUGGAGGUCCUGUGGCAAUGUUUAAACAAUGUAUCAAGAAUGCCGUUUGGAACAUCUCAAUGUGUAAACAAUUUCAAAAGAAUGACAGUUU